CCAGGAAAAAGGCCAUCUACCUGUCUCUGGUCUCCGGCACGGCGGGCACUCUGUUGAUGGCACUGUCCGAGACAGCUGAGGCAUGGGAGCUCCUCUUUGUCGGCAGGGCUGUCAUCGGGCUAGCCACAGGCUGGGGACUGAGCCUUGCACCCACGUACAUCAUGGAGAUCUGCCAGCCCCACAUGAAGGGAGCGGCCGGACAGACUAACCAGCUGAGUCAGAGCUUCGCCAUUCUGCUCUCCCAGGUGAUUGGAUACGAGGAGUUGCUGGGCAACGAAAAGUACUGGAACUAUCUGCUGGGAUUCCCAGUUAUCCUCUUCGGCCUGCAGAUGGUUCUGUUCGUGCUGUGUCCUGAGAGUCCACGGUACCUGCUUCUGAAGAAAGAAGACGAGGAGGGAGCUCGCAAAGGUAACACAUAGAAACAGUUAAACGAA